UUCUUUGCUCAACCUAGUUACAAUGGCAAUGGCUAAGGAUCGUGGCCCUCGCGCAGGUCACCCUACGCCCACGCCGCCGACAGGCAUGGUGAACCAGGCAAAAUGUUCUGUGUCCGAUGCGCUUAGCUGGUUGAAAUACCUUUUGGAGGCACUUCAGCCUUCAGGUGCCUGUCAGUAGAAUGUCGGACAUUAUCCAUCAUGCGUCGAGAUUUUAGAUCAUUUUGUUGAUUCCAUCUGUGAGAAUAACUCGUUUUAUCUUUGUCCGCAAACUGUUGCUGUAACUGUGGAUGUUGGACGGAAGAGGUCUCCUUGCUCAUUAGGAUACUAGCCACUCAAACCAAGGUUUGCCAGCAUGGUGACCAGAAUAGGAGAAUGGCCUGACUCAUUGUCUAGGUUGUCAAUACUGCUAGCACCGGCGUUGCUGGGGCUAUUGCUCUGCAGUGCUGCUGUGGAUGCUACACCGCUGGCGUGUCCAGCAAAUCACUUUUUGAAGGACGGCGCGUGUGCAAUGUGCAUCAAAUGCGAUGAGGGGUUGUACGUCAAGACUGCCUGCCAUGGUACAACAAACACGGAGUGCGAUAUAUGCCCACCGCAUACAUUCAAGCCUGGCCUGUCAUAUGAGGCUAGUUGUCGGCCCUGUACAGAUGCGGACUCAUUGAACUGCGAUGAUGACCCUGUGAAAUAUGCCUGCUCGGCUACAAGAGAUACGCAUUGCUAUGCGUAUUGCCCGUCGGAUCAGUACUGGGAUGGCAACACGUGUGUCUUGUGCAAACUGGCCCAAACUUGCCUGGCCCAGUCACUGAGCGUUGCCUCUCAGUGCACACCCGAGAAAAACCUCGUGUGUGGCCAGAGUACUCGUGUUACUGCUCCAGCCAUUAGUAGCCCGCAACCAAGUCAACAAGUAGAUUCUACCUCAGCAAGUACGCCAACACGUGCCGUCAGUGCUGGAGAGCUAACGCCACCUACAAGUACGCCGACCGUCACUCACGAGUCUGUACAAAGUAAAGUCAUAUCUAGCUCGGCUAACAUUAGUGUGGUUGUGGAAGUGCCGCUUGGACGAGACGAUGCAGGAGCUGCACUGCCAAAUCAAGCUGAUGACACUGGUGUCAAGGACAAUGAAAUCAAGACAGUAGCCAUUGCCCCCGCGGUGUCUGUUGUCGGUGGAAUUUUGCUGGUCUUGGUAAUUGUCAUUGUUGUCCGCAAACGUCCACGGAGAAGUACUGGUCAGUACCAAACGGGAGAAUCCACAGCAAAGGUCAAGUCCAACCUCAGACUUACUCCUUCGGAACAUCAGGUUUCAACAUCAACUAUCAACAGCCAGGGUGAUUCCAGCGCAAAGUCCACCCCAGCUGAUAGGAUAUCGGUGGAGAGUGUGGAAGACCGGCGGAGGGUUGAUGUAAUGAUGCGGCACGACCUUGAAAUACAUAUGCUGAAUGAAGCCGACAAUUUCCAGCAGCGAGUAGUAUUUCCUCCGCCAAGUUCACCCGGAUCACGUAAGGAUAGUGAGAAAUCGGAGACAGACGACCAGGAAUCUGCAAUGUGUGCACCUCCGUUGGCAGCUAGCCUUUACUACCAGCCCGUCCUCGACUGCCAGCCUGCCCUCGAUUACCAGGUGGUCAUUGAUGACCAGGGCGUCCUCGACGACGAAGCUGGUGCAGAAAACCAGGGCGAUACAACCUCUGUUGCUACAAAUACUCCUUUCCCUGACGAAGAUACGGGAGAACGGGGAGGUGCUGGAGUUGUAUCUGCAGGAAAUGGCCACCCGGCAUCCACUAUUGUGUUUCAAACGGAUUUGCCUGAAGUUAAGAGAAGAGAGUUCCAUGCUACGCAGGAGGGGUGUCCGCAGGGAAACGCGCAAGAGACUGGUACUCAUCCACAGUUGGAUAGUCAGCUAGCUUUGCCACUGCGCUCUUUUCCGUUGCCCAAGACGUAUGUGCCAAGUGAUAGCACGAUUGCUGCCGAACCGGAAUCCACAUCUACCCAAUCUACCGAUGCACAGUGACCCUCUGUGACCAGGACAUGCUUAUGGCCGAACACACCGCAAAAGGAAGUGCUCUUCUCCCGGUUCUGGGGGCCUCUGUCAGUUUGUGCCUGCAUGAAACCCUGCUCCAGGCUCAUCUCAAUGUCUUCGGACCAGCCGCCCGGGGCCCGAGUUAAUCAAAAUCCUGGAUAGGGGUGAUCUGCGCAACACACAGUGCAGGCGUAACUUCAUUGUGAACGCGACCAUGUUGUCCCAUGGUGAUACAGCAGCCCGGUGCUGUGCAGCUCACGUAUCCGGCAGUGCCAGUAUUGCGCUGCAGAGAUAAUCAUCUUGAGUUCUGAGCGCACGUCAAGCUCAACACACUAUGCAUCGUGAACUGGCGUCCAUCGCCCCUGUGAAAAAGCAGUGAGCUGACCAUUCACCAAUGGAUGGUUUGAUUCGCUGUGCGGUAUUUAUGGGCAGUGACUGCGAAGUCACUACUAUGCCCUCCCAACUCGCCCGCACAACCUAAGCUAAAUAUGGAACUUGCACGGGGUACACCUAAGAGGUCACUUUGUGUACUUGUGUCUUUGUAAAAAAAAUACCUUGCUUCACCAGUCACUCGCUCAUGUUGUGACUACCAGCCUUGGUCAAUUUCGUCUAGAUCUCUUUAAUUAACUCCUUUACAUCUUCCUUCACUUCCCUCCCUUCUUUAACUUAAGUUAUAAUUAUUAUCUAAUUUAUUCCGCUGCACUCAAUCUGCGGACAGAACUGUUUCGUCCUUUGUGGACUCGUCAGCGCAGCACAGAGGAAAUGAGGCCGAACCUGAUAGCAAUGGAAAUAAAAAUUUCCAAUCAGGCCCGAACGUACCUUGCCAGAGUGCUCAAACUGACAAGUCUAAUUUAUUCCGCUGCAUGUAUAGCUUGUUUCUUCUAGCAUCCGCGCCGAAUUUAUUUGAUAAUAGUAUUAUUAUUCCUCUCACUACAGAGUGUUGUAUUGAUGGCAGCAUGAUUCAUGAUCCUGGUGAAGCCUUGUGUUUA